GCCAUGGUUCUUCAACCUGCGCCUCCCGCUCCCUUCGGGACAACUGCCCUCUCAGCGAACGCGGGGCUAGCAUUCGAGAAUUCGAUGCGAGAACGAACCGACGAGUUGAACGAUGACCGCAUCACGAUUUCCGCCGGAGACAAGGCAGAGAGUUCGGACACGUCGUGGGAGAAUGGUAUUAGCAAGGACAACCCCAAGAUCGCAGCCCUGGCGCGCAAAUUCUCCCACGACGUUGGCGACGGUAUCAACACCUUUCUGAACCCCAGCGAAAAUCCGGAACUCGACCCCCACUCGGACCAGUUCAACUCGCGCAAAUGGACCAAGAAUCUCCUGCAGGUCACCUCGCGCGACCCUGAACGGUACCCGCGUCGCACCGCCGGCGUCUCGUUUCGCAACCUCAGCGCUUUUGGAUAUGGGACCGCGGCCGAUUACCAGGCCGAUGUGGGCAACAUGUGGCUCAAGGGCGUUGGCUGGCUUCGUGGCUUGCUUGGGUGGAGGAAUAAAGUCCGGAUCGAUAUUCUGCGCAACUUUGAGGGCUACGUGCGGAAUGGAGAAAUGCUUGUGGUUUUGGGUCGUCCGGGAAGCGGUUGUUCAACGUUUCUCAAGACCAUUGCUGGAGAAACCCAUGGUCUGUGGUUGGAUCCAGGAACCGAUAUCCAGUAUCAGGGCAUCUCGUGGGAUGAGAUGCAUGGCCGAUUCCGAGGGGAGGUCAUUUACCAGGCAGAGACGGAGAUCCAUUUCCCCCAGCUGACCGCGGGUGAGACCCUUCUCUUCGCUGCCCACGCGAGAGCCCCGCUCAAUCGCUUCCCUGGAGUGAGUAGAGAGCAGUAUGCGGUACACAUGCGAGACGUUGUGAUGGCGAUGUUGGGAUUGAGUCACACCGUGAACACCCAGGUGGGCAACGAGUUCAUCCGGGGCGUGUCGGGCGGCGAGCGGAAGCGAGUGAGUAUCGCCGAGACAACCCUGUGCAAAAGUCCCCUGCAAUGCUGGGACAACAGUACGCGUGGCUUGGAUAGCUCCACCGCGUUGGAGUUCGUCAAAACCCUCCGGUUGUCCACCGAGUAUACCGGUUCGACAGCGGUUGUCGCCAUCUACCAAGCCAGCCAGGCUAUAUAUGACAUCUUCGACAAGGCGAUCGUCCUAUAUGAGGGCCGACAGAUCUAUUUCGGCAACGCCCCCGAUGCCCGGCGCUUCUUCAUCGAAAUGGGUUUCGACUGCCCGGAAAGGCAGACCACGGCCGAUUUUCUGACUUCUCUGACCAGCCCGACAGAACGCGCAGCCCGCCCCGGGUUUGAGAAUCUUGUCCCCCGCACGCCGGAUGAAUUUGCCGCGCGGUGGAGGGAUAGUGCCGAGCGGCAGCAUCUUCACCUCGAGAUCGACGCAUUCCAAAAUGAAUUUCCACUGGGGGGCGACAAAUACAACGAGUUCUCCCAUUCUCGAGCGGCGGAAAAGGCAAAAGGUGCACGCGCCAAGUCCCCGUAUACAUUGUCGUAUUGGAUGCAGAUUCGCUUGUGUCUUCGUCGCGGGUUUCAACGCCUCAAGGGUGACAUGAGCAUGACCCUUGCCACGGUGAUCGGAAACAGCGCCAUGGCGUUUAUCGUCUCUAGUGUUUUCUAUAAUCUCGACGAAACGACUGAAAGCUACUUCUCCCGGGGCGCACUCUUGUUCUUUGCCAUCCUGUUGAACGCCUUCUCCAGCUCACUGGAGAUCCUGACCUUGUGGCAACAACGACCCAUUGUGGAGAAGCACGACAAAUACGCACUCUAUCACCCCUCCGCAGAGGCCAUCAGCUCCAUGCUGGUUGAUUUGCCGGCCAAGGCUCUGGUAUCAGUGGUCUUCAAUCUUAUUAUAUACUUUAUGACCAAUCUUCGCCGAACGCCCGCACAUUUCUUCAUAUUUUAUCUCUUCUCGGUCACCACAACGCUAACCAUGUCGAAUAUCUUCCGGUGGAUCGGAGCCAUCUCCCGGUCUAUGGCCCAAGCAAUGGUUCCGUCCUCAAUCUUCAUGAUGAUUCUGGUUAUAUACACGGGAUUUACCAUCCCCGUUCGAAACAUGCACCCCUGGUUCCGAUGGCUCAACUACUUGAACCCCAUCGCCUAUGCGUUCGAGUCUCUGAUGAUCAAUGAAUUUAGCGAUCGAAGGUUUGACUGCGCGUUAUAUGUGCCCUCCGGGCCUGGAUAUGGUGAUGUUCCUCUGGAAUCGAAAGUCUGCGCAGGCAAGGGCGCGAAACACGGCGACGAUUUCAUCCAAGGUACUACCUAUCUGGAGACCUCGUUCGAGUAUUACCCGUCCCACCUCUGGCGAAACUACGGUAUCAUUCUCGGGUUCUUCUUCUUUUUCCUAGCGGCGUAUAUCGUCUGCAGUGAAUUGGUUCGCGCAAAGCCCUCGAAGGGUGAGAUUCUGGUAUUCCCCCGGGGCAAGAUCCCAGCAUUUGCGAAAAAGAUCCGUUCGAACACGGAUGUGGAAGGAGGGGCAUCGCCGUCAGAGAAGCAAGAGGUCGGCAGUCAGAGCGAUGACCACACUGCUGCGAUCGUCAAGCAGACAGCUAUCUUUCACUGGCAGGAUGUCUGUUACGAUAUCAAGAUCAAGGGCGAGGAUCGUCAGAUCCUGGACCACGUCGACGGGUGGGUGAAGCCGGGGACUUUGACUGCCUUGAUGGGUGUGACGGGAGCUGGAAAGACCUCGUUGUUGGACGUUUUGGCGGAUCGGGUGACCAUGGGCGUGGUCACGGGCGAGAUGCUGGUUGAUGGGCGUAUACGAGACGACUCGUUCCAGCGCAAGACUGGCUAUGUGCAGCAGCAGGAUCUGCAUUUGGAAACAAGCACUGUGCGAGAGGCGCUGAUUUUCAGUGCCACCCUCCGUCAGCCAGCGAGUAUCCCGCGUAGAGAAAAGGUUGCCUACGUGGAAGAGGUGAUCAAGAUGUUGAACAUGGAAGAGUAUGCCGAAGCAGUGGUCGGCGUGCUCGGCGAAGGAUUGAACGUCGAGCAGCGAAAGCGACUGACAAUCGGAGUCGAGAUUGCAGCCAAACCGGACCUGCUUCUCUUCUUUGACGAGCCGACGUCAGGUCUGGACAGUCAAACGGCAUGGUCUAUCUGCACUCUGAUGCGCAAGUUAGCCGACCAUGGACAAGCGAUUCUGUGCACCAUUCAUCAGCCGUCCGCGAUGCUCAUGCAACAGUUCGACCGAUUGCUUUUCUUAGCGCGGGGAGGACGGACCGUAUACUUUGGAGACCUGGGCACGAACAUGAACACGCUGAUCAAAUAUUUCGAGACCAAGGGAUCCUCCAAGUGCCCCGGGAACGCCAACCCAGCCGAGUGGAUGCUGGAAGUGAUUGGGGCUGCGCCCGGGUCUCACGCCGACCAGGACUGGCCGGAAGUGUGGAAGAACAGCCCCGAACGCGAGCAAGUCCGCCAAGAGCUGGCUCAGAUGAAACAGGAACUGUCGCAGCGACCGCUGCCGCCGCGCACGGUUGAGUAUGGCGAGUUUGCUAUGCCGCUGUAUGCGCAGUUCUUGGUUUGCAUCCAGCGCAUGUUCCAGCAGUAUUGGCGUAGUCCAUCUUAUAUUUACUCGAAAGCGGCGAUGUGUAUCAUUCCGCCCCUGUUCAUCGGAUUCACCUUCUGGCGAGAACCCACAAGUCUCCAAGGCAUGCAAGAUCAAAUGUUCGCCAUCUUCAUGCUCCUGAUUAUCUUCCCCAACCUGGUCCAGCAAAUGAUGCCCUACUUCGUGACGCAGCGUGCGCUGUACGAGGUGCGGGAGCGACCCUCCAAGGCAUAUUCAUGGAAGGCCUUCAUGAUGGCAAGCAUCUUGGUCGAGCUGCCCUGGAACAUCCUCAUGGCGGUACCUGCGUAUUUCUCCUGGUACUAUCCGAUCGGGCUGUACCGCAACGCAGAGAUGACCGACACGGUGACACAACGAGGCGGCACCAUGUUCCUGCUGAUCUUGAUCUUCAUGAUGUUCACCUCGACGUUUAGCUCGAUGAUCAUCGCGGGGAUCGAGCAGCCCGAGACAGGUAGUAACAUUGCGCAGUUGAUGUUCUCGCUGUGUCUGAUUUUCAACGGCGUCCUAGCAAGUCCAACCGUCCUCCCCCGCUUCUGGAUCUUCAUGUACCGCGUCUCGCCCUUCACCUACCUCGUCAGUGCCGUCCUCUCCGUAGGUCUCGCCAAAACCCGCGUGCAAUGCUCCGACAUCGAGCUGCUACGCAUGCCGCCUCCAGCAGGGCAAACCUGCGGCAAGUACCUCGGCGAUUACGUGAGUGCCGCCAAGGCAACGCUGGUGGACCCCGACGCAACAGACAUGUGCUCGCUGUGCCAGAUGUCCUUUACGGACCAGUUCCUGGCGAGUCUGAACAUCGAUUAUGAUGACCGCUGGCGCAAUGUGGGGCUGCUGUUUGUGUAUGUGGUGUUUAAUGCUUUCGCUGCUGUGUUCUUGUAUUGGUUGAUUCGGAUGCCGAAAAAGAAGUCGCAUAAGGAGAAGAAAGAGUAG